AUGCAGGAUGAAUCGGCCUGCCGCAUCACAGACAAGCUCCCGCUAAUCUCAAAGCGCCUCGCAAGAACCUGCGAAUACACUCAAGGCGAGAGCUCCCACAAGACGGCGGAUCAAAUGGCGCACAUUGACCAAACUCACAUUGAUGCCGUGAAAGCCUGUUCGCAACUGCCUAAGCAUACUUGCCAAAGGGUUACACAGAGGCACUACGACACAGAACAGCACCUGAUGCUCCCACAAUGCCGGCACCUGUCGGAAGCCUCCUGUCCAGCCUCAAACGAGGAAUUGGAUGAAGGAGUGUGGACCAUUGACCUCUCACUACCUGUCUCUCAAUCUUAUAGACUCACGUUCAAACAUGUCCUGUUUUCUUGA